AUGUGUGGAUUAUGCAUGAUGAUUGAUGAGAGACGAGGAAUGGAUGACAGUUUGAGAGUUAAACCAGUUAGCAUCCUUGAUUCCUUCAGGUCUUCUGGGGGCGGGGGCGGUUUAAUAUCAUUUUCCGGAGAAUCCCCAACAGGCGGAGGAAGACUAGGUAAAGGUGGUGGAUCGGGAGCGGUCUUUGGUGCCGGCGGUGGAGGUGGUGGAUUGGGAGCGGUCUUUGGUACCGGUGGUGGAGGUGGUGGAUUGGGAGCGGUCUUUGGUGCCGGCGGUGGAGGCAGUAUAAUGGGAGAAGGUGGUGAGGAGAACUAUGCACUGGUGGAGAAUCUGGCGGUGGUUCAAAGACAAUAUCUGGUGGUAUAG